AUGGCUACGGAAUCCAACAUCGACCGGGAAUCAUCAACUCUGCUGCCGGUAGCAGACGACCCUUUGUGCAAAGAGGCGAGCCUGACUUCGCUAGAUUCCUGGAUUACCCCGACCGACCGGUAUUACGUACGGAACCACUUCUCCCACGUCCCAGCCCUGGACCUUUCGAGCUGGCGGCUGGAAGUUGACGGCCUGGUAGAUCAGCCGAUCUCGCUGGCCUUCGACGACGUGGCCCGACUCCCCGGCAGGGAGUUGGCGUUUACCAUGGAAUGUGCGGGCAACAGCCGCUCCUACGUCACGCCCCCGGCGGAGGGCCUGGCGUUUCGACACGGCGCCGUGAGCACCGCCAGUUGGAAGGGAGUCUCAUUGAGGGCAGUGCUGGAGAUGGCGGGCGUCCAGGAAACGGCUACGUCGGUGGUUUUCGAGGGGGCCGACCGGGGCGAGGAAGAGGAAGAUGGCGUGGCCUUUGAGCUGAGCUACCGUCGCAGUUUGCCGUUGGCCAAAGCACUGGACGACGAUACGCUGCUCGCCUUUGAGAUGAACGGCGAACCGAUUACGACUAACCACGGAUUCCCGUUGCGGUUGAUCGUGCCGUCCUGGUACGGCAUGGCUUCGGUGAAGUGGCUGACCCGCGUCCACCUGACUGACCAAGUCUUGGACGGAUUUUUCCAGCAGCGGCGAUACGUGAUGAUCAACGAGGGGCGGGAAGACUCGUUGGAGCGGGAGCCGGUUACGACGGUGCUGGUCAAGUCCCUGAUCGCCAGUCCUCGGCACGGCGAAGUGAUCCAGUACCCGUCAUUUACAAUUCGGGGGUUCGCCUGGUCCGGGGAAGGACAGGUCGCCAGGGUUGAAGUAAGCACUGACGGUGGGCGCACCUGGGCGGAUUCCAUGUUGCUCGGCGAGCCCACGCCGCAUGCCUGGCGGGAGUGGGAACUAGCCUGGCAGGUCCCAUCGUCCGGCCACUACCUGCUGAUGUCCCGCGCCACCGACUCGGCGGGCAACGUUCAACCCGGUUCCAUCGCCUGGAAUUUCCGAGGGUACGCAAACAACUCCAUCCACACCAUCGCCGUGGAAGCGCCGGCGGGCAAACCCAUCCCCUCUUGA